AUGGGGAAUCUCUUAGUGGUUUCCCUAGACCGACUGGCUUCGGCAGUUUCGUCGCCGUGUCAUGUAGUUAUGGUUGGAUUAGACAACUCGGGAAAGACAAGUCUGAUGUACAAGGCGAAGCUUAAAGAACUUAUCAAAGUACAUCCGACGAUGGCUUUUAACGUGGAGUGUGUAAACGCAACGAAGAAACUGAAGUAUAAAAUUUGGGACAUCGGAGGAAGGGAAUCGAACCGUCCGCUAUGGAAAGCGUACGUUCGUAAAACCGAAGGAGUCGUGUUCGUUGUAGAUAGUACAGACUCGAGCCGUUUUGAAGAGGCACGACACGAACUAUUCAAUCUGUUGAACUCAGAGUCGGCAAAAUUGAAUCAAGUACCGGUAUUAGUUCUCGCCAACAAACAGGACUGCAUCGGAGCUUUGUCGCCCGACAUGUUGGCGAACGAAUUGAACUUGAGUGCGUUAAACGAACGACAUUUAUGGCAUGUCGAACCGACGUCGGCCUAUGUCGGAGAGGGUUUCGUUGAAGGGUUAAAAACUCUUGGCAGAAUGAUUGCUCAAUGCCGAGGAGAGCAUUUAAAGGACUCGAAUGAAGAAAAGACCCCGAAACCACUGAGACGAAACCGCAGCAGUAAAAAGAAACGGAGUCGGAGCCGAAAAGGUUCAACGGGUAGUUAUGAAGGAAUCCUAAUAUAA